GUGAGCGCUCGGCCCCAUGUGGGUCUGAAGCCCCAAAGCCAGCCCCGCAGGACUCCCACAAUUAUUAGGUAACCAGAGGAUAAUCCGCAGAAAUCGCCGUCGCACGACGCCAGAUUCUUCCCCGGUCCUCCGCCUACCUUCUCAUCAAGCCUUUUGAGAGAGUUCCUUUUCGCGACCAAAACUAUCAUCCAAAAUGGGCAAGGUUCACGGAAGUUUGGCCCGUGCUGGCAAGGUCAAGUCUCAGACCCCCAAGGUCGAGAAGCAGGAGAAGAAGAAGACUCCUAAGGGCCGUGCGAAGAAGAGACUCACUUACACCCGCCGUUUCGUCAACAUCACGUUGACUGGCGGCAAGCGCAAGAUGAACCCCAACCCUGGCUCUUAAAUCAACCAUUUGCAAUUUACCAAUCCCGGCAAACCGUGGUUGUAUCUCGGGAGAAUGUUGAUGAUGCUGCAGCAAGCCUUCGUGGUUGGGGACGCUGGGGGCGGGGCCUGGUGAUGCCAGUGGGUUCGAUCAGCAGAGGGGCGGAAUCGGGCACGGCGCGGUCACCAGGCAGUAGUCAUGACGACU